GCGUCAGGCGUCGCGCCGCCCGGUCCGCCCGCCCUGGCAUCGAGGCCCGCCCUUCAAUUGUUCCCUCACGACUUUUCCAGAAAUCCCUGCAUUUUCGUUGGCACAACAAAAAAACUGACGCGUCUGUGUAUAUUCAAAAUAAUCGUCACUGAAUAUUCAAAACUCAGUGUAUGAAAAGAACGUUGAAGAUUCUUCCAUUUUCAAUAACAAUUAAAACCCCGAUAGUUAAGGUAAGACUGAUAAAGUUUUGUGAACUCUUGGAAUUGUGAUAGUUUCAGGCUAUAAGUACGUAGAGUUAGUUAUAAAACUGGAACUGUGGUAAGGACUGGAGACAUUAGAGCAGUAGUGUAGCGAGGUGUGAUGUGUUAGCGUGACGUUGGCGCGACGGUCGCAAGGGGUGGUGGCGGGGCGGUAGCAACGCAUGCAGGGGCGCGCGGGCGCAGGCCCGAGCGGGCAACGCUCUAACCCGCGCGCCCAGCCGCCGCCAGUUCUGCCGCCGCCGCCGCAGUUCGCCACUGACGAAGACGAGAUGCCUCCCAACCAGAUUGCUCAGGUCAUCGCCCUAAUAUGUGGUUUGUUAGUGGUGAUACUGAUGGUGUUGGGAUUGGCAUCUGCGGACUGGCUGAUGGCGGCAGGGUGGCGACAAGGGCUGUUCAUGCACUGCAUCGACCCCGAUGCGCCUACGCCGCUGCCCUUCGACAUCGUUGCACAGCCCGGGUGCUAUGCCGCAAGACCGACCACUUAUAUUAAAGCUGCGGCGGGCCUGUGUGUGGCGACCCUAGCGGCAGAUGUGUGCGGCGCCUUAUUGACAGGCUUAGGUCUCCGCGCCGCCGACCAUCGCACCAAAUUUCGCUACUAUCGCUUCGCCGUACUCGCUAUGGCGCUUGCUCUAAUGUGCAUAUUAAUUGCGCUAGUCAUCUACCCCGUAUGCUUUGCUGCUGAGCUGAAUCUCGAUAUGAGCAAAUCAGGCAAUAGAUCGGUAUGGGAAUUCGGAUGGGCGUACGGCGUGGGGUGGGGAGCAGCGAUCUUCUUGUUCGGUGCUGUUGUGCUUCUGCUCUGUGAUAAGGAGAGCGAGGAGCUGUACUACAAGGAGCGUAAGGUGGUGACGGCGGAGAGCAGCGGCCGCCCCUAGGGCCGCGGGCGCCUGCCCGACCUGGUGCCGUGAGCGCCCGCCGCUCCUGGCGCCACCCCCGCGCGCCGCAGCCCCCGCCGCCCCCCGCGGCACCUGGAUCUGAUGCGCUGCGCCACUCCCGCGCCCACGCCCUGCUAACGCCCUCGCCUGCACUGCCCGGCCACUGGCUCUCCAUGGCGAAGCUGUUUCGGGGAGUUCGGCUCUAGUUCGGUGUAGCCGGGCACUGUAGCUAGGCGGCGGCGGCGGUCGUAGGCUCCAUGUUUAGUCUGCGGCUCGGUGUGGCCGGGAUUUAUUCUACUCGCGUCAUAGUUUCUUUCGCGAGUUUGGGAUACUCGUUUCGGUUAAAUUUGCUGAUGGAAUCGAGUAUAUCAAAUUGUUAGUGUAUAUUAUAAUUUCUAUUGAGUUCGUACACUCGUUUCGACCUAGCGCUGGUUGUAUUUCGUUAUUUCCGCUUGUGUAUUUGUCGGAACCUCGAUGCGUACGUGAAGUUUGCAUACAGGCAGUCUCCGUACAUCAGAUUGAUAAGGCGGGAUGUACAUUUCAAUUGGAGAUGAAAAAGUAGCUUUCAUUUUAAAAGUAAAUCGAUCGCUAAAGAGCAAGGGGCCGCCUUAAUUGGGGCGAUAUUCUGGUUUUUACAUGUUAGGUUACUUUAAGUUCGUCUGGCGUCCGCGGCGGCACGAAUUCACCCGCGUUCGUACUGACGCACCUCGAGUGUAAUCCGUUCCAAAGAGCGCUCUAUUUAUUCGCUUUAUUUAUUGGUUUAGUGGUAAUCGUUGCGUUGUUGUUCUUCAAUGGCGCGUGUGGUCGCGCAAUGCGCAAGCGCAGCGGCUGCGGCGGCGGCGGCGGCGGGCAGGCGGCUCGCCGGCACGGGCAGGCGACCCUCCCCACUGCUAAGAUCGCUCAACUAAUCUGUAUCACUUACGACCUGCGUUUUAUAACACGAACUCGUAUUUUAAGUGUUAGUGCACAAUUAACGUAGAGACUGGACUGAGUGAGUGGACUUGGCGGACACGACGUCCGCGUGAAUCGUCGCUCCCGACUUUAAUCGAUUUCGAGAUUACGGGCUAUGAAUACAUACUGAGAUAUUUAAUGGAAUUUAAAUGUACGUCUUUAUUAAAGUUACCUUAUAGAAUGGUUAACUUGCUACUGUGUAAAUCUAUUUUAUUAUUAAAUAUUUAUACGUAAUUCAAACUAUCUAGUGUAUCGAUCUGUUUUAAAACGUUGAUUAAUUUCGACCUUCUCGGUGAUAAUUGCCAUGAAUCUCAUUCCAUUUUAUUUCGUGCGACCUCAAAGUAAGACAAACUUUUUUGGAAUUGAAGAGGAAUAAUUUAUUUUAAUAAUAAACUCAUAUUUUCUUAAUGUUUAUCUAAAACUAUAUUAAACUUAUUAUCUGGUGUACUGUACUGAAUACUAUAAUUUAGCAGUAACACAAAUGUAAAUGUCAAAUGAAUAUAAUCAUUAAUGUUGCAGUUUAACGGUGCUCGCA